AUGCCUGUCACGAGGAAACGCAAGGCCGUCAGUCCCGACACUGCUAAACAAAACACCGUCGCCAGCCAAAAGACAAUCAAUACCUUUGGACGUGUCACAAAGAGUCAAAAAGCCGACCAGUCUGUCAAGAAGCGCAAGAUAUUGGAUCCAGUCACCAUUGAUACCUCAUCAUCACCAUCACAAGACACCACCGAGAGCAUCACCACACGGCAGAAAGAGCAGGAACCACAAGUGAAGCCGACACAAUCCAAGAAGAGGUCAAGGGACACGGAAGAAGAAGUCACAACACCAACAAACAAGAGAUUCAGGAAUGCCCUGCCGCCAACUCCUGCAGAGACGCCAUCAAAAAGUGCUUCCAAGUUGUUUGAAAGACUGCUCUUGGAUAAUGCCGCUCCUGCUCCGACGAAUCCAACACAAGACGCCGUCUACGACACACCUCCACUCACUCCGCGCGCCUUCAAGAGUCUUGAAUCAUCAUUACCCACCACCGAAUUGCCCGCUCAGUUACAAGAGUUGACCAGACUGUUCAAGGCAUUCCUUACAAGCACAUCAUUAUACUCCGCCCACAAUGGCCAUGGCACGCCAAUGUAUAUUGCCAACUUAUUACCACAUGUCACAAGGAGCUGGAAGACAAGAGCCGUCACAGAGAGCGACAUGCAUACCAUCCUCGGCAUUCUUGGAAAGAACAACACCUUUGAGUUGGCCGACAAUGGAGAAGGAAGCCUCUGCAUUGAGCUCUUGGAAACGAACACUUCCACGACCGGCCACUUCAACCAACCAGAGCUCAUUCAGCUCUUCCACAACCGUCUGACAUCAUUCUGGAACCAAUGGAUCUCCUCAUCACCAACAGCCCGUUCAAACAUUCAAGGCUUCCUAUCCCAGCUGCCAACCUGCAAUAUCAUCACCAGCCAAGUCGCUUCCAGCACAGCCACCAACCUCACCAAAGGCUCAGAACGCCUCCAAGACCUCAAAGCCGCCUCACUCGCCGCACGCGCUGCAGAAACCUCCGCCCGAAGACCUCUAAUCCAACCUUCCGACAAAUCCGCCGCUGCAGUCGCCAGCCGCGGUGCCAACCUCCUCGACCGCAUCCUCGCCAAACAAGCCUUUAACGCCACCAAAGCAUCCGGACCUUCUGCUGCCCAUCUCGCCCGCCUGUCCGCCAUCGACCGCAUUUCCGAUAUCGUAGACGUCCUCGAUGUACUUGCCAACGGCCGNCGCGCAAGUUUCUCGACCAAGAUUUUGGUCUCGCAUUUGCAGAAUUCGUUGCGCGGGCCUAUUUCUGAGGAGCAGGGGAACAAGUGUUUGGAGAUUAUGGCUAAGGAGGUAACGCCGUUGUUUGUUAAGGUUAUCAGGGCGGGGAGUGUGGAUGCUGUUGUUGUUACUAGAGGUGGUAAACCCAGACCUGAGGAAUUAAGAAGGGCACUUGAGGAUGCUAGAAAUGUUUGA